UAACGUAAUCUCCAAAACUUUGCCGAUUAUCACAUGAAUCGAAGCCAAUGGUUGACUGAAGAAUCAAAUGAAAAAUUGCGUAAUCGCUUUCCCAAUCUUUUGUAACCCAUUGCGUGCUUCAUCUGCCAAUCUCUUUCACUCCAUUCUUCAAAUUACUCUCUUCCCCUAAUUUCUUGAAUAUUCCAUCCAUGGCUUCUUCGUGUUCUUCGAUUCCCAGAACUUUUCUUCUUGUUUCCAUCGUGGGUUUUCUUCUUCCUUCGCAAUCCCUGGCUUUGAAAUCGUUUUUUGACCCUCGCGACGUGCUUCCGCUACUACCCAGCCAGGUUUCAUGGCCGAUUCUCAACUAUCUCAACAACGCCGCCGAUCUUCUUCCCGCUUUCGUCGGAAGUGUCUCGUCUCCUGAGAACUCUAUUCAGUGGCAAGGGUCUUGCUUCUAUAAGAACUCUGCGUGGCUCGAGUUUCAUAAUAAGUCUGGCUCUGAAUAUGGCGGUGGUACGCUCCAUAUAAAGGCGAACGAUGCACACAGUUGGACGUGUAUGGAUUUUUAUAUCUUCGCUACUCCGUACCGUGUGACGUGGGAUUACUAUUUCCUGGCCAGAGAACAUACUCUUGAGAUUGCAGAAUGGGAAGGAAAGGAAGAAUUCGAAUACGUUAAAAAGGCAGGGGUUUCGAUUUUCCUUUUGCAAGCUGGGGUGUUGAAAACCUUUCAAGCAUUGUUUGAUGUGCUCCCUUUGUUUUCGACGACCGACUACGGCGAGAAAUCGAAUAUCAAAUUUCUUGAGAAUCACAUGGGUGCUACCUUUGAGGAACGUCCUCAUCCAUGGACUACAAGUGUUAAUGUUGAUGAUAUUCAAUCCGGAGAUUUUUUAGCUCUAUCCAAAAUUCGCGGUCCGUGGGGCGCUUUUGAGACUUUGCAGAAGUGGGUUACUGGAUCAUAUGCUGGUCAUUCUGCUGUUUGCUUAAGGGACCCUGAAGGAAAGCUAUGGGUUGCUGAAUCUGGGCGUGGAAAUGGAGUGGAGGAUGAUAUUAUUGAUGUUUUGCCAUGGGAUAAAUGGUGGGACUACGAACUCAACAACGAUUCGUCCAAUCCCCACAUUGCGUUUCUUCCCUUGCAUCCCGACUUGCGGGCAAAGCUUAACGAGACGGCGGCGUGGGAGUAUGUAAGGAGCAUGGUCGGGAAACCAUAUGGAUAUCAUAACUUGAUAUUUAGCUGGAUUGAUACCACACAUGGAAACUAUCCACCUCCCUUGGAUGCCCAUCUGGUUGCUUCCGCUAUGACAAUAUGGAAACAAGUCCGGCCAACCCUUGCGGCGAACUUGUGGAAUGAGGCUCUGAACAUACGUCUUGGAACAAAGGAUCUUGACCUUCCUGAGAUUCUAGUUGAAGUUGAAAAGCAAGGAUCAUCUUUUGGCGAACUACUGGCUAUUCCUGAACAGGAUGAUUGGAUCUAUGCCGACGGGAAAUCAGCAUCUUGUGUUGCGUUUGUCCUUGAAAUGUACAAGGCGGCUGGGCUGUUCGGACCACUCGCAAACUCGAUUCAAGUUACAGAAUUCACACUAAAAGAUGCAUAUACGCUCAACUUUUACGAGAACAAUUCGAGUCGCCUUCCGAAGUGGUGUCAUGGAGGGGAUCAUGUCAAGCUUCCAUAUUGCCAGAUUCUCGGAAAGUAUCGAAUGGAUUUACCGGGUUAUAAUAGCAUCGAUCCCUAUCAUAAUAUGAACGAAAGGUGCCCUUCUCUUCCAACUGAGUAUUACCGUCCAAAUAAUUGCUAGAAACCUCUUGAAAUUUGGUUUCCUUUGGGUAGUCUGUGUAGAAUAUUUGAUGAUUUUAAGUAGUUCAUCAGUGUAGCUGCUAAAAGUUAAUAAUAUGAACUGUAAAUACACUAAACACGAUUCCCAAUGUAAAAUAGCUGUUAAUUUGAUGAUCAUAUGCCUUAAGAUCAUGAGGAAUGCACGUAUGUCUGUUUGACUUCUUCAAUUGUCAGCUGCUCGUAUCUUUAUCAUGAUCAGAUCAUUCAUUUGUAAGAUUUGUUAAAAUGAUGAAGGGAAGUUGUUGUGAAUCUUUU